CUGUCUAGCUAUGAACCCACUAUCUCAGCUAUUGAACUCCACAGAUGCAGGUUUUAGCAUCAAAAAUAACAACAAUGUGGUGGCGAAGCUUAAUCAUUUAUUGUACAUGGAUGAUUUGAAAUUAAUGGCUUCCACUCGAAACCAACUCGACGAGAUGCUAAAAACUGUAGAAACUUUUUCUAAUGAUAUUAGUAUGCACUUCGGACUAGACAAGUGCCGUAUUUUAAAUAUAGUCAGAGGAAAAGUACAGCCCGGAGGAUUCGAUAUGCAAAAUGGCCAGAACAUCGAGGCCAUGGGUGAAGAAGAUAUGUACAAAUAUCUUGGAGUAAAGCAAGCGCGGAAAAUUGACCAUAAACAAAUGAAAACAGAGAUAACUACUGAGUUUAUACGAAGGGUAAAACAGCUGCUUCGCUCACACCUUAACAGUAGAAAUUUGUUUAAGGCACUAAACACCUACGCAUGUUCCGCGCUUAGCUACUCAUUUGGUAUUGUUAAGUGGACAAAAACAGAUAUAGAAGCUCUUCAGCGAAAAGUGCGAACACACCUCACAAAGGCACAAAAACACCAUCCUAAAAGUGCAGUAGAAAGAACAACAUUACCACGGAAUCUAGGAGGAAGAGGACUUAUGGAUAUAGGUGAGCAAUUAGAUAAACAAAUUGCUAAUUUAAGAACUUAUUUUCAGAUGCAGGCUGAGACAUCUACUCUACAUCGCGCUAUCUGCGCAGUAGAUGACACAACACCGAUCAAUCUGAGGGAACCAGAAAUGCGCAUAAACCACCUUACUAAGGACGAAAAACUGCGCGCCUGGAUGGGUAAACCUCUGCACGGGCGACAUCCCAAUGAGGUCAGCCAAGACUAUGUCGACAAUAUAGCGUCGAACUACUGGUUGACAUCAGGAAAGAUGUUCCCUGAAACGGAGGGUUCAUUACUGGCCAUUCAGGAUCAGGUUAUACCAACCAGAAAUUACCUGAAAUAUAUCAUCAAAGACCCUCAGGUUCAAAACGACAGAUGCCGAUAUGGAUGUCAAGCCCGAGAAACCAUCCAACAUCUUACAGGGGGCUGCCAGGCAUUUGCUGCAACUGAAUACAAGGAACGGCAUGAUGCAGUAGCAAAAAUCCUUCAUCAAGAGAUAGCUAUCAAGCUGGGACUUCUCCAAACAGACCAUAUCCCGUAUUAUCAAUACGUCCCUGAGAGUAUGCUUGAGGAUGGCAACUACAAGCUAUACUGGGACCGCACUGUGCUCACAGACCAAACAGUGGCACAUAAUAGACCAGAUCUCGUACUAGUUAAUAAAUUAACAAGACAAACAACACUAAUUGAUGUGGCGAUACCUAACAACAAUAAUCUACGUAGUAAAUUUACUGAAAAGAUCGCCAAAUACAGAGAUCUAGAAAUUCAAAUACGAAGGCAAUGGAGAAUGCAAAGUACCCAGACGAUACCGAUUAUUAUUUCUACUACUGGAGUCAUUCCGAAGACCCUCCUCGAAAGCAUAAAAAAGCUGGGUCUGAAUGAACAUCUUUAUAAGACCAUGCAGAAAGCUGUACUACUCGCGACGGCCAGAUGCGUACGAAAAUUUCUGGGAGAUACACCUGCAUUAAAAGUCACCUAGGGCUCGAUAACACGGAAAGAGUCGCACCAGAGCUCAAUCCUUUUGAUACCGUAGGUAUCUGGGAUGAGUCAAUUUUCCCCCUUAGAGGGAGUGUGAGCCGUAUGGCUAAAUCUGAUAAUAAUAAUAAUAAUAACAAUGUCGUAAAUUUUGUACAAUAUUUUUAAUAAUUAAAGUAAAUAAAUUGUAAGUUAACUCAAAUAAAUAAUUGAUUUGAUCAACCACCCAUCGACCACUUACAUUCAGUUCCGAUUAAUCGCGGCAGGUAAAGUAAAAUUCUUCUUUCAGUACAAUAAAGUGUUACUUUACUGCCGCAAAUGAGGGCAAAUGAGUACAAUAAUAAAUGACUUUAGUGAUGGUUGGCGAUAAAGGUAUUUUAUUAUCCUUAGCUAAGCGCUUUCGACAAAAAUGUCAUCUUCUGAGCCAAUGGUUAAUGUAUAAAAAAGUACCACUACUUAGAGUUGUGCGCAUCGUGUUAAACAUUGGAUAUUAGAUGUUAAAAUUGCAUUAAAAUAUUUACAUCUGAUGUUUCAAUUGUCUGCUGUGCAACUCCGGAUGAUGAAAAAUUAAUAAAUACAUACAUGAAAAACAGCCACUUAAAUAGUGCAAACACAUAAAAUGUUGAUCAUGGUAUGGGCAUUUUACCCAACCAUUACAUUUGAAGAGGAGUAGUUGACUGACUAGUAGUUGUCAAGUAAUUGGCAAGAAAUAUAUCAUCCAAAUAGCCUUGAAAUGGGUUAAAUUGCUGUGACACUAGUUAAAAUAUGUUGACACAAAAUACUGAAUAGAUUUAAAUUUAGAUACUUAAUAUAUCCAUAUUUUUUUUAUAUAGGACUGCUUGAAGGCAAUAGGAAAGAACUUCCAUCCUGAAUGCUUUAACUGCA